AUGUCUGUUGCCGCACGAGAAUUUGUUGAGAGAAAAAUUGCCGAGAACGCCGUAAUCUUGUUCGUCAAGAAUUGGUGUCCAUAUUGUCGGCGAGCUGAAGCAACGAUCAAUAAUCUUGUGGAUCAAUACGAAAAAGUUGAUUUAGCAAAGAUGCCCGAAGGAGAGCCUGAGGGAUCUGAUAUUCAAGAAUAUUUGUAUCAAAAAACAAAACAAUCCACUGUUCCUAAUAUUUUUAUUAGACAACAGCAUAUUGGAGGUAAUGACAGGCUUCAAGAACUCGUGGCCAAUAAGUCUAUUCAGAAAAUCCUUGAAAAGCUCUAA